GUAUUUGAGGGAAUAUAUCAUAAUCCAAAAGAAGAGUAAUCGAUCUAAGGAAAGAGUAAUAAUGCAUUACCCCAGGGAUAGCAUGUUACAAGAGAGAGCAAGAAGAGGGAAUAGCUGGAUAACUGGAUAAGUACGAUGGUCCUCUCCCCUUUUUUUUCCCCUCCGAUGAAGGAUGGAUCUGGAAAGAAAGAAGCAUAGCUUCUGAUAAGCCACCGCAGAAGUAGAAGCAGCGGCAGCCUGGGGCGGCGGGGGUAUCCUAUACUUGCCGUGAGCCGUGGAGUCAGAAAGCCGAGAUAAAUAAAGAGCACAGCCAGAGUCUUCACAGGUUUAUUUAUGAAAGAAAGCUGAGACACCAAGUCUUCAAACUACAGAUCUCGUAGUCUAUGAAAUCGGUGCAUCUCUAUGGUUUAGAAGGUGCGUCUUAGAACUAGUCUGAUCUACGAUUCUUACUUGCUUAUGUUCUAGGAUCCUUACAGAGGGUGCAACUAGUGUGGUUUUGGUUGCCUAAUUCAAUUCAUAUAAACGACUUUCCGGUGUCCCAUGGAAAUAUAGUUUAAUAUUAAUCCUCUCCAGCUCUCUUUCUGUUGUUUUGAAAUAUAUAUUUUGGGAGAUCUGGUAAAAAGCGAGGAAAGCAAGUCAGUUGGCUUUGAUCCCUUCAAGGGAAGAGUUGUAAGGAAGAGGAGGAAAUUCUAAGGGAAGCUCAAAUUUUGAAAUUAAUGAGAUGUUUUGUUCUUGGACCCAUAACUCUUCAGUUUCUUUCAUCAAGGACUACCAGCAGGAAGUCAAGGAAUAUGGAAGAAAAUGGAAGUGAAGAGUAGAGAAUAAAUUGUUAUCUGGAUCCUGCGGUAGAUGAAUAAAUUUAAUAAGGGAGUAGUAGAAACGGCAAGCUAUAAAAGACGAGAAACUUAGUAUAGGUUCCCUUGUCUUAGUUGGUCUAUUGAGCUAAUACUCGAAGAAGAAAAGCUGGCGAACCGGUGGUGGGCCGGCAGCGUGGCCAUGGGAGGUGUCGACCCGGUCAUCACCUCUCCGACCUCGGCCUCUCCUCUCCACCUCCGCAACUUCACCAACUCCCACCUCAGUCCUCAUCGGCCGGACCAAGACAUCAACCCCACCACCACCAACAGCAGCGGCAGCAACAACCACCCCAACGACGACGAAGCCAACGCCGACGACCAGUCCCCAGACAAUGGUUUCGAUGUCGCUGAGGCCGGAUCCGCAGGCGGAGGUGCCUCCGGCCGCCGCCCCCGCGGCCGCCCUCCCGGAUCCAAGAACAAGCCGAAGCCGCCCAUUAUCAUCACCCGGGAGAGCCCGAAUGCCCUCCGCUCCCACGUCCUGGAGAUCGCUAGCGGGACCGACAUCAUGGACGCCAUCGCCGUGUUUGCUCGCCGGCGGCAGCGCGGUGUCUCCAUUCUCAGCGGCAGCGGCGUUGUGACUGACGUAACUCUCCGCCAGCCUGCGGCCCCACCGGGGGCCGUCGUCACCCUCCACGGCCGCUUCGAGAUCCUCUCCCUCUCCGGGGCCUUCUUGCCGGCACCAUCGCCGCCGGGAGCCACGGGGCUGACCGUGUACCUCGCCGGCGGGCAGGGGCAGGUGGUGGGGGGCAGGGUGAUGGGGGAGCUGGUGGCAUCGGGGCCGGUGAUGGUAAUCGCCGCCACGUUCACCAACGCCAUCUACGAGCGGCUGCCACUGGGGGACGAGGAGGCCGAGGCGGCGGCCGCAGAGGUGGCCGCGCCCGGGGGAGCGGAGGGGAUGGCAACUCUGCAGCAAAGCCCCCCGGGGGGGCACGGAUCGGCGUCGCAGCAGUCAUCGUUUGGAGGGUUGGCGGCGGUGGACCCGUCGUCAAUGCCAGCGCUGUAUAACCUGCCACCGAAUCUGCUGCCCAAUGGCCAGAUGCCACACGAGGUGUUCGGCGCUUGGGCUUCCGCGGCUCCUCGUCCUCCACCGUCCUACUAAUAUAAGUCCCCCUCUCUUCCUUCCUCUCUCGAUAUAUAGUUGAGCCAAUAAAAAGGGAAAAAUGUUUAUGCUUCUUUGUUUCCUUUUACUAUUAUUAUUAUUAUUAUUAUUAUUUCUGUUUGUUUGUUUAAUGCUUGUGUCGAUGUCAUUGCAUGUGCUAUUUUGUAAACUAUCCAUGUACUACUGUAGAAUUAGACGAUUCCAAUGCAAUGUCGCCUUUUUUUUUUUUUCUGUCUA